AGGUUGCGUCUCGUUCGUAUCACUCUCUCUUUUUCGUCGUGUGCAAUCUGUGUAUCCCCCCACCUCGCGACUGCGGAUCUGAGACGCGAUGUCAAGCGAUGUGAAGCCGGUGUUAACUUCCGGCGGGGAAUUCGCGGCAAGCACCGCGCGCGUAAACAAGUGCACGGCCGGGAAAUCGAGGAAGAACUGUCAUCGAGAGUUCACGAUCGAUUGAGAUCGCUCGCACGUGGCAGCAUUCGCGCGCGCGCGCGCGCGCGAGCGAGCCGAAACGUACAUCUGCGCUUUCGCUUCUCGAUUUCUCGACAACACACCUGAAUAACAUAGCGCGUGGCGCGCUACAUCACUUGUGAGGAGGUUACGGGCGCGCGCGCGCGCGCGGCGCCCGUAGGGAAUAGCAUUUAUACACCGAGUCGAUGUUUGUCGACGUAUGGCAGCUAGAGGAAGUGACAUAUCGUCCCGUUGACUACGACAACGUGAAAGUGUCACGCUGCUGCUCCCGCGGGAGCAACGGAACGAGCACGGUAUUACGCUUCAUUGACCGGCCCAGCAGCGAGCUCGACGAACUUACGCGGCACAUUUACCGGACAGAGGUGACUCUAUUAUCGCCGCGCCAAGAAGCGAUUGUGCGGUCCCGAUAAACCGUCGGGGAUCCGUCUAAUUUUAAUUCAAGCCGACGCAAACAAACUGUCGCGAUAACGCGCUGAGGAACCAAAUCGAAUCAUCGGCUAUGUGCCGUUGACAACGGCGUUGGCGACAACGACGACGACGACGCAUUUCCAGACGACGCUGCGUUCUCCAAUAUGGCGCACGACGCCGGGAUACCUGCUGCAAACCGUGAUGUGCGCGCGAAAUGUUUAUCGAUGCAACCAAGUGAGAACACUAAAUAAAAGAUAAACGCAGAUAAGUGACACAUAUUUCUUUCUUUUUCUCUGGGCGUAAUGACUUUUAUGGCGCACGUGGCGUGAAAGCCGUCCGAAAGUAAUAUCCGAGAGAGAAUCGUAAGAGUGCAUUUAAAGGAGAGGCAAGCGCAUUUCGGAAUUAUGGCCGAGGGAAGUGGCCGACGACGCUCCGGUCGAAUGGACAAUUGAGAGGACAAUUCCUCCGAAGCGGACGCAUGUAUCUCGAUAAGUGCAUCUCGGAAUACAACAUGUGGCAGCAUCAGCAGCAGCAGCAGCAGCAGCAGCAGCAGCAGCAGCAGCAGCAGCAGCAAGCGUACAUGCGAGGUUUGCACACCCAGCCGAACCAACAGCAAGCUCUCCAUCCGGGGAUUAUCGGCACCGAUGACCGCACGGCACAUCAUCAGCAGCAUCAUCCUCACCAUCAGCACCAUCGCGCCACCACCAUCAUGCCGGUACCAAGCAAUCCGCGAGCAUCGCGGAACAUGGCAGAAAAACAACGGCGUGACAAUCUCAACACGAACAUUUCGACGAUGGCGGCCCUGUUACCGAUCGUCGCUGGAAGUUCGAGGAGAAUGGACAAGAUAUCCAUCCUGAGGUUAGCCGCCGCCUUCCUGAGGACGCAGUAUACACUCGGACGUGGCUCGACGAACUUCCUUCCUCGGCAAUUCAACGAGUUCGACUUGGAACGAUAUUUCGUCGACCAACUGAUUGGCAACGGAGGGUUCUUCCUGGUGGUCACCGCGACGGGGAAGAUCGUCUACGUGAGCCGACAAGUGGAACAGCACCUCGGUCAUGCUCAGAAUGAGUUGCUGGGUCAGUCCCUGUACAAUUUCAUCCAUCCCGAGGAUCACGACGAGCUCACGCGGAACAUCAGGCCUGACGAGAUGCAGCUGACGACGGUGCCGUCGCCGACUGGUGUCGCGCAGCAGGUGUCCGAUUCGACGAGUGAGAACAGCUCCAGCUCGUCGGAGGACUCGAGUAGCCAGAGGACGGACAGGAUCAAGUUCUUCCGGGAGCAGAGGCGGAACUUCAAGAUCCGCAUGUCGCAGCGCACCGUUUCCAGACGCGAGAACACUCAGUACGAGUGCCUCGACAUUUCGGGGAUCCUCCGGCUCGCGGAGGCUCGUCGAAACGCGGAAUCUAACGGGAACAAGGGGAGACACCGAGAGAUGGCGAGUACCAGCAACGACAUCGUGUUCGCCAGCAUAGCGAGCCUGCCGAAGAAACGAUCCAUCACCGAAUUGUCGAUAAUCGACGCCAAUAAAGACGAGUAUGUGACGCGGCAUCUGAUCGACGGGCGUAUCAUCUACUGCGACCACAGGGUGUCCGUCGUCGCCGGCUACUUAUCGGAGGAGGUGUCGGGCCUGAGUGCGUUCGCCUUCAUGCACAAGGAUGACUAUAAAUGGACGAUGAUUGGCCUACAGCAAAUGUACGUCCAAGCCGUGACCUGCGGUACAUCUUGCUACAGAUUACUCGCCAAAACCGGCGAAUUUAUCUACUUGCGGACGCACGGUUAUCUCGAGUACGACAAGGACACGCAGACGUUCGAGUCCUUUGUCUGCAUCAACACGUUAAUAUCGGAAGAGGAAGGCAUCGAACUGAUCAAGGAGAUGAAACAAAGAUUCUCCGCGGUCGUGGAAGCCGGCACCAGCAAAUUCAUGAUUCAGGACACCGACAACUCCUCGCAGCCGAAGUUGGACACCAUGUCCUGCAAACCGGCGAAAUGCAACCUCGAGGAACCAGCGCGACUCGAAGACGCCAUCACCCAGCUGGUCAGCGACCUACCCUCGUCGCCGGUUGUGUCGGAGGAGCGUUUCUCACCGGCGCCGAUGCCGAACACCCAGUUCGUCAAGGCCGCCAUCAUAUCCUCUCGUUUGCCACCCGCCGCCACGCAGGCCAACAAGAUCGGCAUCAACAAGAUCGAGCACUACGUCGCUCUGCAAGGCAAGGGCAAGCAGAGCCCGAGCAUAAAGAAAGAGACCAAUGAUAGGCACUCCUGUGACGGAAAAUACAUGAGUUCCAGCGACGGGGAGCAGAUGUCGGACUCGGAGAGCGCGAAGCCGUCGUCCGGCAAGCCUCUAUCGAUGUACGAGACGAUCAAUUCCAUGUCCAACAACCACACCAACGUCCAAAGCGACGAUAUCACGCAUUCGAACAUUCACGCUGUUUGCGAGGCUGGUGCGAAUUCCCGCAACGUCGCUCCCUGCAGUCAUUUACCGGGCAUGAACGUGCCCCAGAGCGCGAACGUUCUGAGCGCGCAGAAGAGGGUCAAGCAAACCCAGCACCAGCAACAGCAACAACAGCAGCAGUCGACGUGCAACAUCAAAGUCGAGCGCGGCGUUGAAGGGUACGAUUACCUAGACAACAGGGAGCUGCAAUACUAUAACGACGCCGCCACAAACGACCGUCCCGUCGUCUCGCCCACGACCGAGUCGCACAAUCGGUGCACGUUGAAGAGGAUAUGCAGCGACGAGGACCUCGCCGCGAUGCGCAACAAGAAGAGGCCCAACGAGACAUACAUGUCGACGAACGACAACGACAUGCAACAGAGUGUCUCCUACAUGGACUGCCGGACGACCUUCAUGGCCGAGAACAGCUAUCCGGUGCUCGCCGAGUUCAACCGCUACAACGACGUCAACUCGCAGCCGCUGAUGACGGUGGAGUCGCCCACCUCGAGUUUGCAAGAAAUCGGGGUCGAGUAUCAGCAGCUGAUCGGCGACCAUCCCGCCGCGCCGCUGAUUAUAACGAACCUCGAGGAGGAGCAGUUUAAUGAUCUGCAGGAUCGGAAGGACGACACGCUGCUAAAUCCAGAGCUGGACGCGAAUUCAGAAAUCAUGAAAAUAUUCGAUAUUGGGCCUGUACCAGACUUUAAAAAUGGUUUCAACGAUAGGAAAAUGCACCAACCAACACCUGACGAUCAAACGAUUAACGAUAAGAUAAGACGGACACAUCAGCAAAUAGCAAAGAGUAUGACGCUACGACAGUCACAGCUCAACGUGUUAGCACGCGAUUUGGAGAACCCGGCCUUUCGCGUUCAAAGAGAGAACUUGUCACACCUGCAGACUGAACACAAUAUACAGAAGCAGAUGCUGAAAAAUUUGCAACAAGAGCAUCAUAAUAUGCAGAUGAACGGCAAACACACGGGAAUGUGAGAGUUGGGGUAGUCGAUCAGUUGCUUCAAGCAAUCCAAUUUGAAGCCCCUUUUAAGAGAUCCAAAGCGAGCUUAAUAGGGUAUUCCCAGGAGUCGCGCUAAUCGUUAAGAAAUAAGCUUUAAAAAAAAUUAUCCUACUCUGCGAGGGAUCGCAUGUGAAGGACAAAGAUCGUCCCUUGAGGGACCGAAGAAGCAACAGUCAGCAUAGGUGCAAUUUUUGUGAUAUCUCUCAAUUCGUGCUCCUGACAUCGCGUCCUGGGAGGCUCCCUCGAUUUCGAAUUGUCGAUAUCGUAAAGAGAAAAAAGAAGUUCGGAACAAAUAUCCGGAUGACCGUCACCAUCGGUGCAGUAGACGAACGGAAAUUUGCGACACGGCGCAAUUCGCUGCGAAAGCGUUUGGUUCUUACGAAGAGAAGCACAGGAAGGACAUUGCCUAAGUAAGACCGUUAAUAAUUCAUCCACUACUACCCGCAUUUUUCCGUCGAUCAAACGUGGAGAGGAAGAAGCGAGCGACGUGAGACGUCGAGAAAAAUUAUUUGUGCAAAGUGGCCGAGCGAUUGACGUGCACGCAAAUGUUUUUCUUACGUUCUUAUUUCUUCCGCCCCCUCCAUCUCUCUCAACUUUGCACGAGCAAGGACUCUGUUGCACGUUGUCGCGCGAAAGGACUUUGCUCACCCAACGUGAUCGUGCGGAUGCUGGCGUUGGUGACCGGUCUUUUAUUAACAAUCGCCGCACAAGCCAAUGUUGUUAAACCGGUCGUAAUUCUCGCACAUGCGCGACAAUGGGUGUAGCGAUGUAUGUUUCUAUGUAGAUGCAAAAGUUUCGGCAGACAAAUAUAGAACGGGCUUAGGGUAAGGGCAUACAUAAAUCACUUAUCUUUUUAUAAUUAUAUACAUUGCAUAUACAUAUAUAUAUAUAUACAUACAUAUAUAUAGGUAUAUAUCUCAUAUUCUCUUUAUUAAUUUCCCAAGAACUUUUUACAUAAUUUUUUACGAUCGAACGCAGCAUCAUCCUUUCUUGCUGACAACUAGAAAACGUUUGCCGGACGAUUACGCGCAUCAGCGAAAAACCCGACUCGCGCCUAACGACAAUGGCUUCAUGAGUUUUUUCUGCGGCGAUUGAAUGUUACACAGUUGGCAGUUUUCAAAUUUUACGAUAGCGAACUCUUGUGUAUAUAGUGUAUCUUGGAUUUCGAUAAUCGUGUGGCACGCUCCUGUGCGACGCUCUUUCCUUACACUGAUUUUACACGCUCACCGUGCUUCCGGUCGAGCUUAAUCUACCUCUGCGAUUUGGGCAUGUAUCGGAUGGAUACGAAACCAGUCUCUACGUUCUUCUAUUGAUUAUAAUUAUCGAUUUCUUACGGUAUCGAGGUUUAACAAUACUCAGAAUGCUGUUCGUGAUCGUUGAUCGGCGAUUUUACGAUGAAAAAGACAAACUCGUAGUGGCGUAACUUGUCGCGCAUCUUGGAUAUAAUUUUUAUUGCGUACUUGCGUGAACAAAGAGACACGAAAAAUCUCUAAAUUUUAUUGUACAGGUGCAGUAGAACCUCUGAGACUAUUUUAACUUUGCAACGUACAAAAGAAUAUUAAGUGUAACGAUACAUAGGGUAAUUGUAAAUAAUAUAUUUAACAGA